AUGUCGAAAUAUAAACUAUACUAUUUUGAUACACGAGGACGUGCAGAAAUCAUUCGCCUCAUUCUUACUCAAGCUGGUCAUCCCUUUGACGACAUCCGAUAUGGUCAUGAUGAAUUCCAAGCACAUCAUAAACAUGAAAUGCCAUUAGAACAAAUGCCAGUUUUAGAAAUUAUUUCUGACCAACAUCAACAGAAACCAUCCAAAUUACCUCAAUCGUUAACAAUCGCACGCUAUUUGGCAAAAGAAUUUGAUCUUGCUGGAAAAACAAAUUUACAACAGGCUCAAGUUGAUUCUGUUGUUGAUACAAUGAUGGAUUUGUCGCAACAAUUUAUGAUUAAAGUAUUUCAUGUACAAGAUCCAGAAAAGCGAGAAACCAGUAAACAAGAAUUUUUGACAAAAGAUUUACCUCAACAAUUUCAGAACUUAGAAAUUUUGUUUAAAAUGUACAAUGAUGGACGAGGACCGUAG